CUUGGACCGAGUUCUCUGGGCUGGGAGAGCUGCCUGCCUGCCUGCCUGUCUGCUUGCUGGGCACCCAGGAGUCUAACAUCCAAAGCAGGAGGGACGCUAUUGAUACUCGACCGCAUACCGGGGCUGUCGUUUGUUUGGUGAGCCAUCCCCGGCUGCCCCAUGCCUGCCAGAACAGCAGCCCUCUCUGAUGCCACCCCUCUUAGGGAGUGCUAAUUCAUGGAUGGACACAAAGACCACGAGGGAUGGCUACUUUUUUACGCUGUCGUCCAGGGAGCUGCUCAUAUCAACACCUCUGAUAAAUGCUCUUCAACUCUUCGGAAACUUUGGCUUCUCCAUACAAAUGUUGUGCUAAUCUCAGUUCAGUAAUGGGCAAGUCCGAGCUGUAGUCCACAUAUACAGUAGUGUGGAGUACUGAGUAGAAUGUGGUUCUUUAUUCUUGGAAGUAGCUGAGCCAGCUUAACUGGUAAACACAGAGCAUGAUGGGUGCCCAGGUAAGUCUCCUCUCUUAUGCACCUUACACCUCACCUUUCCCUUGGAGGAUAUGAAGAUACUUUGAUGUAGACUAGAUGUUCCUAGUGCUCAUUCUAGCUGCAAAACACACUUAAGUCUUAAGUGUAUCUCUCUAUUAGCCUCCAAUUAACUCUUCUCCCUGGGCAUGAAUAGGAGGUUGUUGUAGCACAGCUGAAACCAUCCCAGAUGUUUCAAUCUCAGUCUUGUCUUGACUUGGCUUGGUAAAUUAGACCUAUCACAUAACGGAGAUAUUUACAGACACUUAAGAGGACUGCGGACCCACACCUGUAAACAAAUACAGACGUGACUAUGGUCUGUCCAUAACAAUAUUUGUGGCUGGAUUAGUGAGGGAAGGCUUUUGGACAGGCUAUGUGUGUAAGCAGCCAAGGCAGAGGAAUGACACAUACACUCAUGCCCACAGGCACAGUGCACAAAGACCAUGCAGUGUGUGGCCAAACUUCCGUAAAAGGUUCUCUUUCACUUCGUCUCUGUCAUUCUCUCUCUCUCUCUCUCCCUCACUCUCUCGCUCUCCUUCUCUGACAUCAUCCAGUGUGUUCAUAGGGUUGUGUCAGGGCAAAGGCAGAGAGGGUUGUUAGACAAGCAUAAACCUUUUAAAUCCUGAAUUGGUCUCUGACUUUGGUUGAUUGAUUUUGGUUUUUUGAAGUUAAGACGUCACACAAAACAUGAUAGGCUCAAUGCUUCAUUCCAUAAGUAUAAAUCUUUUGUAAUUCCCCUCAUAAAUGCUCUUUCCGACAGAUUUGAUGAGACUUUCAUGCUUCUUCUUCUCUCCACAGAUACCUGCAUCAGGCCCGUUUGGAUUAUUUAGGCUAUCGGACGACAGUGACAGCAGUGAUGAAGAGCCGAGGCCAGAGGAACUGCUGGCCACCUCCUGGGAGGACCUGCCCAUCAUGGAGAGACUGGGUCUCAGCAGUUGUGACGAAAUGACAGAAGAAGAAGUUGAGAGCGCCUUCUUUCAGUUCGCCAUGGCGUUCCGCUGUGACCAGUACACCCUCCCCCAGAGGCUCCAGGCAGAGGAGCAUGACCGUGCAGUGGCACAGGAGAACCUGCAGAUGGAGCUCAACCACACCAAAGACACCCUGCAGCUGCUGAAAGCCCGGUGUGUGGACAGUGAGGCGGUAGAAAUACUGGACAAAAUGGAGACCUCCUUGGACAAUUUGUGCAGAGCGAUGGAUGACAUCAUUACAGCUGCUGAGACGCUGGGGGCUGCUCACCAGGAGGCCCGCGUGAGCCAUGCAGUGGAACUGAUGUCGGUCCACGUGGACCAUCUGAAGCGACGACACACCCUGGAUAGCGCUGAGAUCCUGGAGGCCAGGAGGCUCUUGCAGAAGACCCGUGGGCGGCUGCUGAGUGACAACACUGAUGACGGUGACGUGAGAAUUGUGAGACACUCAGCACAACUGCACUUUGCCCGUAGGAGAGUGAGCAUGACUCUCAUUCCAAAUCUGGCUCAGCUCAAAGAUCUUGAGACCAAGUUCUCAGAGGGGCUAAAGACCAGCGAGGACACUGGAAGCCCACAACCAGAAGGUGACAGCAGGGAAAAAGAUGGCCAACCCGAAUCUCCUGAAAGCUUUUUUCCUCCCCGACUUCGACGCAACCCUCUUCUAAGACAGGCAUCAACCCAGAGUCAGGACGAGGACUCAGAAUCCUCCGCAGUCCCCAGUCCCGUGCCCCCAGCACUGCGACUGCGUCGUAGAUCGGCCCUGGUCGAGCAGGAGGGGACGGAAAGCUCGGAGGAGAAUGAGGGAUCCAGGGAAACGAGUGAGCAGAGCCCCCCUGUCUCUGUUCCCCCCACCCCAGAGCAGCAUUGUCUGUAUUCUGUCCAACGUUCCCUGCCUCAGUGGGUCUCCACCAGUCGCUUUGUGAUCCACAUACUCACUCUGGGAGCCAUCUUCUGUGUGGUGUUCCUCUGGAUGUUACUCAUGAUACUGAUACAGCUGAGCUGAGCAACUUCCCUGCACUUUAAAACAACAUUGCAUGUCAGAUGAUAAUUCAUUUAUGGCAAACGGUGGUAAAUGACAUUAUGAACAGUGAACCAGGAAUAUAACACAGACCUACAGUAACAGUAAGGAUAAUGAUAUGACACAGAGAAUAGCAGCAAGUCAGCUUGUUAGUGCCGCCGUUUGUCUGGCUGAGUGCUGUGAGAGCACAUCACGGCACAGUCUGUGACAUACACUAACUAAAAGGCUUUUAUAAAAGGUUGUUAAGAAUGACUUUUUCUGACAGGUCUUUGUAUGACAGGUGAUGGUUGUGAAAUGGGACAUAAGAUGUAGGGAGUUUAUAGGUUUUUAUUGGUCUGUCCCAAGAUAAACAGCUGUUAAAUUCAAUCAAUGAAAAGGUCAAAAAUUACAGGUUCAUAUACAGGUCAAUCAAUGGUUAAUAAUCAUGCACAGUGUAGCCCAGGCAUAUCAAGACCUUUAGUUUUGUAUAGGAAUGUUACACCUUGAGUUCAUGUUUGGACAACAAUCAAAUGCACAUUAAUAAACAGGAUGCCAUUCUCUGUUAAACAUCAGAAAACAAAAUAAAACACAGUUCUGGUCUUUGCAUUAUAUUAAA